AAGGACAGCAGGGACGCCUCGGGUUUGGAUUCCGUGGUUUGCAACUCCUUGAGGGCUGGGCUGGGCUGAGCUCUGCUGCGGCUGGCGGGCUUUGGGCGCUCUGAUCUAGCACUUCCCUUUGAAAUCUACCCCCUCUUUUUUAAUUUUUUUAAACCAGCGCUGGGCUUUUUCAGACAAGUGCGUCUCCUAACCAGGUCACAUUUCAGCCACGACCCACUAUCCGCCUGUUACUGGAGUCAGACCGCAGGAGGAGGGCUGAGGAAGACGACAGCGUUUGCUUCGCCAACCGCGGGCUGAGAGAAAGGACCUUAAAAUACUGCAGAAGUCAAGACCCGCCAGGUCGAACCCAGACCACGAUGCGUGCCCCGGGCUGCGGGCGGCUGGCGCUGCCGCUACUGCUCCUCGCCGCGGUCGCCUUGGCCGAAGGCGACGCCAAAGGGCUCAAGGAGGGCGAGACCCCCGGUAAUUUCAUGGAGGACGAGCAAUGGCUGUCGUCCAUCUCUCAAUACAGCGGCAAGAUCAAGCACUGGAACCGCUUCCGAGACGAGGUGGAGGAUGACUACAUCAAGAGCUGGGAAGAUAAUCAGCAAGGAGAUGAAGCCCUGGACACCACCAAGGACCCCUGCCAGAAGGUGAAGUGCAGCCGUCACAAGGUGUGCAUCGCCCAGGGCUACCAGCGGGCCAUGUGCAUUAGCCGCAAGAAACUGGAGCACAGGAUCAAGCAGCCUGCCCUGAAACUCCAUGGAAACCAAGACACCAUCUGCAAGCCCUGUCACAUGGCCCAGCUUGCCUCUGUCUGUGGCUCUGACGGCCACACGUACAGCUCAGUGUGUAAGCUGGAGCAGCAGGCGUGCCUGAGUAGCAAGCAGCUGAUGGUGAGAUGCCAGGGUCCCUGCCCCUGCCCCACGGAGCAGGCCACCACCUCCAGCACCGAUGGCAAACCAGAGACCUGCACGGGUCAGGACCUGGCUGACCUGGGGGAUCGGCUGCGGGACUGGUUCCAGCUCCUCCAUGAGAACUCCAAGCAGAACGGCUCAGCCAGCAGUGGAGCCAGCCCUGCCAGUGGCCUGGACAAGAGCCUGGGGGCCAGCUGCAAGGACUCUAUCGGCUGGAUGUUCUCCAAGCUGGACACCAGUGCCGACCUCUUCCUGGACCAGACGGAGCUGGCUGCCAUUAACCUGGACAAAUACGAGGUCUGCAUCCGCCCUUUCUUCAACUCCUGCGACACCUACAAGGAUGGCCGUGUCUCCACCGCUGAGUGGUGCUUCUGCUUCUGGAGGGAGAAGCCCCCGUGCCUCAUGGAGCUGGAACGCAUCCAGAUCCAGGAGGCUGCCAAGAAGAAGCCAGGAGUCUUCAUCCCAAGCUGUGAUGAAGAUGGCUACUACCGGAAGAUGCAGUGUGACCAGAGCAGUGGCGACUGCUGGUGUGUGGACCAGCUGGGCCUGGAGUUGACCGGCACCCGCACACACGGGAGCCCUGACUGUGAUGACAUCGUGGGCUUCUCGGGGGACUUUGGGAGCGGUGUCGGCUGGGAGGACGAGGAAGAGAAGGAGACGGAGGAAGCAGGCGAGGAGGCUGAGGAGGAGGAGGGUGAGGCAGGCGAGGCAGACGACGGAGGCUACAUCUGGUAGAUGGCCCGAAGGGGGCCGUGGCAGGCCAGGGGGCCGCGGCCAGGGGACGGGCCAGCAGAGACCUGGACAGAAGCAGACAGCUUACGAAUGGAUCCGGAGAAUACAGUUGGAAGGACCCUGGCUCCAACCGGGAGGACUGGAAGUGUGAGUGUGCAUGUCACACAUAUGGCACGUGUGGCCAGGAUGUGCGCUUGCGUGUAUGUGUGUGUGUGUGUGUGCGCGUGCGUGCGUGCGUGUGUGUGUGUGUGUGUGUGUGUGUGUGUAGCAUGUGCUGACAAACGUGUUCUUGGUCCACACUGCUCCUGGCAGAGUGAGUCACCCAAAGGCCCCUGCGGCCUCCUUGUAGUUUUCUUUCCAUUUGUUGUUGGUUUAACAAUCUACACACUUGCACACAUAUACCCACAGAAAGGUCAAAACUGAUGAAAUAAAAUGCCCCCAGCGACGUCGUCUGGCCGUAUCCAGGCCUGCCCUGGUACCCUUGUCCUGAUUGGUCACCCCCGGCUCUGCCCACCUUGCCUCCCCUUUCCGGGGUCAGUCUCUGGCCUGCGGGCAUGUCCCCAUUGCAGACGGGAGGGAAGACAAGGAACUGUCUGCUGGCUGCAGGUCUUCCCCAAGCUGGACUGAUUUGGCUGUGACAGCCCCACCAGCCUCCAAUGAGAUAGGCCUGGACACCCACCGCAACAAGCCCAUUCCUUUUGUCAGACUCCCCAGCACUAGAAAACUCUCCAAACCCAGGCCAGCGUGACUCGAGGUGGCGAGAGGGAGCUGGGGCACAAGCAGAGAAGCAUGGGGAGAGGAAGGCCUUGCCACACUGCCCAUUGCCUGGGGGUGGAGUUGGGUAUGGAGGAGAAAGGGCCGGCUGGGCAGGGAGUCUGCCACUGCAAAUCUGGGUGGAGAUUUGAGGAGUGGAGACAGGGCAGCCCUGAAUGCCAGACCCGGAACCGUCAGCCUCUUUCUGUGGGUCUCAGGUGGGGGCUGUUCCUUUGGAGGCGAGGGGCAGUUGUUAUGCCGGUGAGCUCUGUGUGGCCACAUGGAGUGGUGCACCAGCCCGUCCCCCUUGCUGGGGUCCCCUGGUUUACUCGGGGAGCCUGAGGAUGAGGCAGCAGGUGAAGAGUCUGGGUCUUGGUGAGGCUGUGUGUGUGUGUGCCCACCUCCUCCCUGACCCUUUAAUAAGUGCUCCUCUCCCAGCCAGACCGACAGAAAGGGUUGUCCUUGAGACCCUGUGAAGGAGGAGCAGUGGAAGCCUGCAACCUUCCUGCCCUCAGAGACCGUGACCUUCCUCCAUCUCUCCUCCAGGGCGAGGUGCUUGUGUGCCAUGGGCCAUUUCCAGUCCCACUCCUUUCAGCCUCUAGGGUUUUCUUUGUUCCCUUUGCGGUUCCCCUAGGGCUGCUGUACUGGAGGGGCUUUUCCAAGCUCUGAAGUAAAUAUUCUGGAGUUGUGAAAAGUCAGAGGGGAUGGGACUGGGACAGCUAGGCCCUGAGGCCACACCUUGCUGUUUCCCCAAAUCUCUUUAUCAGGUGGGAGCCGGAGUGGAUGAGAAGGUGCCCAUGUCCCCCCUCUGACCCAAUCUGCCCAGUUCUCCCUUAACACCGCUGAUGCAGAAUCUCUUACCCAGACUUGGGCCACUGAUGCCCUUGGGUGCAUGGUGAGUGCAGUGUGAGUGUGAGUGUGUGUGUGUGUGUGUGUGUGUGUGCGCGCGCGUGUGCCCUUGUGUGUGAGCCUAGGGGCCAUCCCUGGGGGCCUGGGAUAUGAGGAGGGACACCCUGCGUGCUGGGUGGGCGGCAGGGUGUGGGGUCCAUGCAGCGAGGUUCCCUGUGCAAGGCUCCCGCCUGGCUCUCCCAGCUUUUGCAGCAUCCGCUGCAUCCGUUGGACUUUAUGGAAGAACCUCGUCUAGUCCACCCCUUAACUGCAUCCUGGAAUCCACAUCUUCCAAGUCCUCUCUUGGGGGAAAUAAGGAAACUCCAGCUAGCCCCCUAAACCGCUUCUCAUUCUGUAGCACAGUUCUGGCUGUUCAGGUGUCACGCUGUUCCAGGUCCCCCACAUCCCGUCUCCCCACUGUCCCCUUCCCUGUCCUCCCACCUCCUCCCUCUGGCCCCCGGCUCAGUUCAGUUCAGGGAUAUGUCCUUCACGUCAGCCCUCUGCUCUCUGAGCAGCAGCUUCUCCCACUCGGAGCUACUUGAAACUUCCUGCUCUCACUAGGAUUUAAGUCUGUCUGUCUCUUCCCUCUGCCCCAGCUCAGACUUCUGGAAUGUCCUCUGGGGCACGGCUGUUAAGGAUGCUGGGGCAUUGUGGGGUGGGAGGGCAGGGAGGAAGGGGCGCCUCUCUUACUGUUAUCCUCCUCUCCCGGGGGUGCAUAUGCUCUCUCUGUGUCUUCUGGUUGUGCACGUUUUUAUGACCUUGUAAAUAUGUUGUAGAAAGAAAGCAAAAGGCAUUGAACUGGACCCUGGUGAGACUCAGGGGUCCAGCCUUGCCCUCCCUGCCUCUGAAGCCCCCACACUGCUUUUCACCUAACUCUCUGAGACAGGGGUCCCCCAAAACUAGACAAAGCAGCUUGUGCCCAGUGAGCUGAAGGCCUGCCAGUGACUUCUCAUCAGACAAGCUGCAGGUUUCCUCGUGGUCAGGGUUUCAGGGUGGUCCUUUCUCAGCACCUUGGAUGUGUCCCCUUGAUUAAGCUGCCCACCACCUGGCCCUCCCACGCUCCUCCACUUGGAUGUCCUUCUUCCGUCCUGUCCCCACUCCCCUGGCUGAGGCAGGCAGCAGAAUUAGGGCUGUGUUGAAAAGAGCUCAACCAAAAUAUUCAAAACAGUUUCUUGCCUGGCCCUGGAGCUGCCCAAGGCCUCCUUACCCAUGCUGGGAGAUAUGGGUGUGUCUAAGACGGGGUAGGCUGGAGUUGGAGAGAACAAAUGUGCCUUGAGAGACUACUACUCAGAGAGGGUCCAAGGGUGAUGUGGGAGGAGGCGUGGCAUGGAGCUCAGGAAGGAGGGAGAGGCUGCUGAGACUGAUGGGGCAUCAUGGCCUCUCUCUUGUCCUGCUGGGGCUGUGACAGCAUGGGGUCAUCCUUCCUUCCUCAUGCCAGCCUGCUUGGUUUUAGUGGGCAGGCCACCCACUCAGUCUUUCAUGAGUUCCAUCUACUUCCAGUUCACCUCUGAGUGGGUGGGUCCAUUGGGAUUAACAUGGGAACUCUCCAUUUCACCAAAGCCUCACCCUCAGCCCUUGGGGGGGAGAAAAAAUGGCUAAUCUGCUGACACCUGGCAUCAUCGUGAGGCUGUGGGCUGGCAGGGGUCAAAGGGAAGAGCCACUGGGGGUGCAGAAGGGGACUGGAGACAUCCCAAGGAAGUCCCAAGCAGAGCAAACUGCUUUAUAGCCUGAAGCUACUUAAACUGUGUCAUGUGCAAUAACUGAGCUUAGAAUUAAGAAUUGUGUUCAAGUGCUUGGAUUUCCGUCUGUAUAUUUAAGUGCUGAAAUUGUAUCUCUCAGUAAUUUUAGAUGUCUUUUAAAAAAAUCGAAAAACAAAGUGUUAGACCGUGUGUGUGCAUUGAUGGGCACUCAAGCGUCCCGUGGAUCACCCCACCCUCUCCCUUUCCCCUGUGCCCCCCCACCCCUCACAUUCCAGCCCCCUCCUCCACUUGGGUACUCUGCCUCGUGUUGUCUUUAUCUGCCUAUUACUCAGCCUAAGGAAACCAGUACACUCCACACAUGCAUAAAGGAAAUCAAAUGUUAUUUUUAAGAAAAUGGAAAAUAAAAACUUUAUAAACACCA